UGACGAAACAUUGGAAAGUGUGAACGAUCGCAGUGAUGUUGAGCUAAUGAAAUACAUACACGUAUGCUUGAUACUAACACUCACAUUCGGAGAAUUGUCAUUUGAGUGUCUGAGUUGAUGAGAGCUGAGGUCGCCAUGGAAUCCAUGGACUGUGAUAGUGACCCAGAUGUCGCCUCACCAGACUCCCCGAUGCAGCACUCAGGCUGGGAAUCUUGUCAGAGAGCCGUCUCCAACAUCAACACCAUUGCUGCAUUCAGGAAGAGCCCUACAUCAACCACCGUGGCAUACAAACCACCUGUCCCUCAACCAGUUGCCAUGGUAACUCAAGACAAUUUUGAGAACCAGUUCCAUUCGAAUUUACGAACUCCAGAAUCAAACUGGAACAAAUGCAGAAAUGUCUUCUCCGCGAUGAAUUCAUUCUCAGGAUUUCGUGCACAUGAGGCGCUUUCCCCAAAAGAGAGUGAAAAAAGUAUGGAAGGUUUUUCUGAUGGGGAUGAUGAUGGACAGGUUACUAUGGUAACAAACUCUGUUCCAAGGUUCCAAGACAGGUCUGAAAUUGUUAACAGUGUCAAUCCAUUUUCAACAGGGACCAUGUCAGGAUCCAUGGCAUCAUUUUUCGGGGGACUGAUCUCAAAGACAUCUACAGACAAGUCGGAACCUGUUAUGAAUACUGGAAUAAUUGAUCAUGGUACAAGUUUAGGAAAUGAAGAAAGCAGAGAAAAGUAUUCGUCAGCAAGUCACAGACUGUCAAAACGACACAGCGUACCUUUCCAAUCACCAGCUCGAUCAAGUCCGAAACGUCUAUCUCUGGAACCAAAGAGUGAUAGGAAAGGCAAACACCAUUCCCAGCCUCCACCAAGAAUGCCAAGACUGUCAGAAAAUGUCCAAGAAGGUCAUCGUUCCAGUCCUCUACGGUCUCUAUGCAAACCUACUGCUGAAAAGAAAAGAAAACUGUCCCAUCAUACGACCCGAACUACCUCAGAUACUACAUCUAAGAGUCAUAGAGUGACAUCCAAGUCAUUCAUAGUGUUCAACAUCUUUCUUGGAAUGUGUCUUUCAGUGUAUGCUUUAAAAGUGAUUCAGUCCACUUGCUCAACCUUUGCCGACUUUGAUGUGAGUGACCUCAAGAGAGACUUGAGGUCAAAAGUGUACGGCCAGCAUCUUGCGACAGAGAUCAUACCUGAUCUCAUUAACAGGUAUUUGACAGAAAUGCACCAAAGAUCAUCACAGAAACCUCUUGUGAUAUCGCUUCAUGGUUGGACUGGCGUUGGAAAGAAUUAUGUCAGUAAAAUUGUGUCUGAUUUCUUUCCAUACACAACAGUAAACAAAUUAUUAGUUCCCCUUCAUUUUCCUCAUAGCUCCCAAGAUGAUGUAUAUGCUCAACAAAUUCCAGAAUGGAUUGAAACAAACAUCACUCGAUGUUACAUCAAUUUUGUGAUAUUUGAUGAAAUGGACAAGGCAUCGGAUGGUGUUCUGCAAGGAUUGAAUGAAUCUGUCAACAUGAUUGUCAAUCAAAAUGCAACUGACACACCUGUUAUAUUUCUCUUGCUGAGCAAUUCCAAAGGAGCUGAAAUCAACAAGCAUGUAUUUCAGUUGCUGUCAGCUGGUCGUCACAGAGAUGAUAUUACAAUUGACGACUUUUCUCAUGUGUUUCAGACAGAGAAGCCACUCUGGUAUACAAAAUUUGUUCCACAAAGAGUCGUAGAUGUUUUUGUCCCUUUCCUGCCAUUAGAAAGGUACCACACUGUGCAAUGUAUUAAAAAAGACAUUGUCAAAAAAGGUCUGAAUGUCGACAAAAAGGCUGUAUCAGAUGUUGUUCAAGAAAUGUCAUUUUUCAAGUUGAAUUCAGGGAAAGAAUUUUCACACACUGGUUGCAAACGCGUGUGUCUGACAAAGUCAAUUUAGUUUACAGUGCCUUUGAUGAAAAUAAUUGAAAUCCUGGUUAUUAGCUGUGAUGAAAAGAAUUGUUCUGGUAUUAUGAUGAUUAUGAUUGUUGUACUACAUAAUAAUGUACAUAACUGGAAAGGUAACUUAUUUUCUCUAUCUGUAUAUGUGGGGCUGAGGUAAGUCAUCUAAGACAUGCAGUGUUCUGUACAGAGUUGCUCCCCUUAGUUGUGUCAGGAACCUGUGAUCAGGCGGUGGGGUAGGCUACUGGUUAAACUGGUACACUUACAGAAUACCGGAUACCUAAUUAUAUACAUUCUAUU